ACAGGCUGGAGGAGAGAGCAUCCUCAGAUAAGAAUGUAAACCCACUUUCUGCUCCACAUAAUCAUCCUCCAGAGGAUCCUUUUGGUUCUGUUCCUUUCAUUUCUCACUCAGGGUCUCCUGAAAAGAAAGUUGAACAGUCAUCUAUGACUCAAGAAAACAGUACUGCAAACCCUAUCAAAAAUGGAAAAACAAGUCCAAUAUCUAAAGAUCAGAGGUCUGGAAAGAAAACCUCAGAGAAUUCAUCAGUACGGGGUCAAGUGCAAAAGGGGAAUGAUGACUCUGAAAGUGAUUUCGAAUCAGAUCCCCCUUCUCCUAAGAGCAGUGAAGAAGAAGAGCAAGAGGAUGAAGAAGUUCCAGGAGAACAAGAUUUUAAUGAUGAUGAUACUGAACCAGAAAAUCUGGGUCAUAGGCCUCUCCUCAUGGAUUCUGAAGAUGAGGAAGAAGAGGAGAAACAGAGCUCUGAUUCUGAGUAUGAACAGGCUAAAGCAAAGUACAGUGGCAGUGGACUAACCCAAGAUCCUAACACAGCACUCCUCACCCCAACCCACUUACCCUCCAAUGUUGAGAUGGAGACUUGCAAACAGGAGUUUGAUGUGUUUGGUGCUGUCCCCUUCUUUGCAGUACGUGCUCAGCAGCCCCAGCAAAGAGAGAAUGAAAAGAACUUCUUUCAACAGACAUUACCUACUGUGGGACUAGAGCAAGAGGAAUUUGAUGUUUUCACAAAGGCACCCUUUAGCAAGAAAGUGAAUGUACAGGACUGCCCUGCAGUAGGGCCUGAGGCACAUACUCUUCCUGGUUGUCCCAAAAGUGUAGACGUAUUUGGCUCCACUCCCUUUCAACCCUUCCUCACAUCAAGUAAAAGUGAAAGCAAGGAAGACAUUUUUGGGCUUGUGCCCUUUGAGGAAAUAACUGGGAGUCAACAGCAGAAGAUCAAACAACGCAGCCUACAGAAACUGUCUUCUCGCCAGAGGCGCACGAAGCAAGAGAUGUCCAAAAGUAAUGGGAAGCGGCAUCAUGGCACACCAACUAGCACAAAGAAGACUUUGAAGCCUACCUACCGCACUCCAGAGAGGGCUCGCAGGCACAAAAAAGUGGGCCGCCGAGACUCUCAAAGCAGCAAUGAGUUUUUAACCAUCUCAGACUCCAAGGAAAACAUCAGUGUUGCACUGACUGAUGGCAAAGACAGGGGGAAUGUCCUACAACCUGAGGAGAGUCUGUUGGACCCUUUUGGUGCCAAGCCAUUUCACCCUCCAGAUCUGCCGUGGCACCAGUCACAUCAGGGCCUGAGUGAUAUCUGUGCUGAUCACAAUACCGUCCUGCCUGGACGGCCAAGACAGAAUUCACUACAUGGGUCAUUCCAUACUGCAGAUGCGUUGAAAAUAGAUGACUUUGGUGCCGUGCCCUUUACAGAACUCGUGGUGCAAAGCAUCAUGCCACAUCAGCCUCAACAGUCCCAACAAGUUGAAUUAGACCCAUUUGGUGCUGCUCCAUUUCCUUCUAAACAGUAGAUACUUCUGAUGGAUUCUUGGCAUUAACUCCUGUUUUAAAAAAGUAUGAAUAGUUUUAUGAAUUUCAAAGAAAAUUUAUUUGUAUAGCUCUUUAUAUCAUUCAUUCUUAUAGGUCAAUCAGGAUAGGCAAUUUUUAAAUAAACCAAAUAGAAAAAGGAAGUUUCAUCUCUACAGGGUAGUAACUUAAUGCCUCUUCCAAACAAGAGGAAAGGGAGGUAAAUAGAAUGCUCUGACCAAGGGUUUCUGCUACUGAUAGCAGGGCACAGAAAUAUAAGUUGGUACUUCCCAUGAAAGCACAUGGGAAGACUGCCUGUCUAUGAAGUAGUCACUGAGAAGAGACAGGAAAGGUGUUAACCAUUUUUGAUAUCAGAAUGUCACUUGUGUGCAUAUUCCAGGCUCCAGCAUUUAAAACUAGUCUGAUUUGUACAUCAAAGUUGCAUUUGUGAAUUUUAAGUCUCUUCUAAUUUCCACACAGUAAGAAACAAGAUAGCUCUCAAAGAAUUAGGAAGAUAUUGUCUGCAAAGUGUGGAAACUUCAGUUCAUACACCUUUCUCUACAAGCAGAGCCAGAAAUAACUAUUGUGCCUAAAACUGUUGCAUUUUUAAAAACAAGUGCCAUUGAUAUUGAAUACAUAAUGAUAAAUAUGUGAAAUGAUGUAUAUAUUAUUAGAUCAAUUUAGCUCUUCUACAAUGUAUACAUAUUUGAAACAUGUUACACAUGAUAAACAUAUAUAAUUUUUAUAUGUCAAUUAAUACAUUGCAAAAACAUGGAAUAUCUAAUGGAAGCCUAGAACAAAAAAAUUAAAAUAUCUGGUAAAAGAAAAGAAUGAUAUGUAAGAAAGAAAAAGCAUUUGAUACUUUAGAAACACUUUAUGUUGUUUUUGAAUGGCUUCUUGCCAUUCAAACUUUUAUUAUCAUGUCCCUAAUCAAGCACAUUAUUGAAAAAAACAAAGACUGUGAGUGAGGAAAAGAAUUAUAUAGAAAUUUUAUUUCAGGAAAAAAAUAUAGCUGAAACCUUGACUUUUAAGAUGUUUACAAUGUAAAAUCAUUUUGCAAAUAAUAAUGUACUUUAUUAAACUAUACCUCCAUCAAAUAUUCCCCAAGUUAUGAGCAAGUUAUUUUCCUUAGGUUUAGAGGUGGAGUAGUUUUAAUAAAGUGCACACAACAGUGACACCCACAAAGCCUUACAGGCAGGACUUGUGCAUCCUGCUGCAAGUACCUCUGCACUAACACACCAGACCCACAAUGGACACAAAGGUGAGAUGAUGAGGGACUAGCAUCCUAAACCGCUAGCUGUGUCUUUUGUGAAAAGAACCCAGCUACCAAAUUUGCCUUUUUUUAUACCACAGAUCCUUGAGGUUUUGUAUCAGUUGUUUAGUGAUAGUAAUUACAUAUAUGAAUUAAUGUGAAAACAGUAUUUGUGCUUCCUGUGUCUGUUUUAAGUUAUAACUAUCUUUGCCUGACAGAUUAAUGCUUGGAAGUUUCUAGAACUGUUAAAACUAUUUACAAAAAGGGUUAGAAACUCUUACCAGUUGGCACUCUAGUAUAUUUUAAAUUAACUCUUUGAAUUCAAAUGUAUUUUAUGAAUCUUACUAGAAUCUUAAUAGCUCCCCAAAAGGGGAAGUUAUUUGCCUAUUGCCUAUUUUUCACAGUUCUGAACUUGGAAAGAAGCAAAGUUUAUGUAACUGAACCACAUAUCCGUUUUUAUUGCUUCCUUUUUUUUUUCUAUAUGCUAAAUGAGAAAUGUGUGGAAGGGGAAGCAGUAUGUGAAUCAUAAUGUAGCAGAGGCAGACCAAGCAUUACAUCACUACUUACAGUUGUGCUUUAGAGCUGGGCUGCACCAGUUACUGUCCUUGUGCCAAAGGCAAAUAAUAUGUUUGCACCUUUUUUUUUUCUCUUAUUCUCAGGUUGAUUAAUACUGCUAAUGCAAAUGCUCAAGUAGAGGUUUUUUACAAAGUAGAUUCAAGUGAUACUUUCUUUUAAAAGAAUUGAUGAUUACACAUAGUAAAUUAAUGAACUACAGUAGGUGUGUAUCAAACAGAAGAAAUUUUAAAAUGAAAUCUGUUGCUUAAUGUGUACAAAAUACGCUUCUUUGACUGUUGUCCUUGGCCUCUGCUAGACCUCGUGAGUUCAUUCAGGAGAGUAGAUGAACUAAUGUGAGCUCCUUGGGAUGUAAAUAUGAAACAAAAUACGUAAUUUUACUUGCUCUUCAAUACACUGAAUAAUUUUAGACUCAAACACUGAUGUAGACCCUUUGGCUUACAAUAUUGGAUAAACUGAGGAAACAUCUCUGCCAUAGCUUAAAAUAUUUAUAUUUUUGUUUAUUAUAGCAUAUCCUGGAGACUCUCUUGAGAUUGUAGCUUAGAAUGAAGAUUUAGGAUUGAAUUGGGAAUCCAGUGGGAUAGAAAUGGGAAAACUCCUUUGUGUAGGAUUUAGAGGCAUUUAAAGAUUUUUAUUCAUCACCUCCCACCUGCAUGGUGCAGAGCCCAGGUAAUUCCCUCAUGAGAAUGGCGCUCCCAAGGCAAGUGAAAGUACGUAACGUAAUACCUGGCACACAGAACUCUGUAAAGUUUUGCUGUAUUAUGGAAUGCUCCAAUUCUGGUUUAAGAAAUGUUGGAAAAAUUAUUUUCCAAUUGUUUGGGUGUGCCCUGUACUUCAAAGGGUGUGAAGUAGUCAUAACUAAACCUGAUAUACUUGAACACCACUAAGGGAAGUAACAUAUUAUGAAACUAGCAAAACCUGAGGCCAAAGUUGUUUCCUAACAGCUUUAAUACUGCUUAAGUUCGAACCGUCUUUUUAAAAAAGUGGACCAUUUGCUUAACUACAUUAUUAUACUUCAGUAAAAUGUUAGUAUUAAAAAGAUCAGCUCAUAUGGCAUUAAGGAAUGCAUCUUAUAAGACACAAAAACAGCUUGGUAUAUAUAAUAGGUUGAGGAAAGAUUGUAGGCUGGAUAGUAAUUGAUUAGAAUAUUUAUUUGAAAGUGUAAACAUCCCCACACCUGUGUGUGUGCGUGCGUGCGUGCGUGCGUGUGUGUUUUGGGCAUAGUUAUGACAUUAUCUGGAUCUGCAGAUAGCUGGAUCUUUCAUUCCUACCCUAUUUACUGUUUAACAGUAAUAGAUAGUUCUCAUUUUGCUGGUGGAAAAUACUAAGCGUCCAUUCUUCUGUGCUGGCAAUCAUCAGGCAGAGCAGUUUCCUGACUACUUGGCUACUCUGCUUUAUUUUAGAUUUUGGUACUACACAUGAGCAUUGUUAGAAGGUACAAGUGUAUAAUAUCACUAGUUCUGAGGAGUAUGGGUACAUUUGUUAUCAUAUACACAGAAUGUGCACUGAGCUUUUUGAUUGUUUCUUUAGAGCAAAACUACUCAUCAUUUUAGGUCCAAUUAUUGAGAUGAUAGUCUACUGUGAGAAUGAGAUGAUAUAUCUACUGUGAGAAUAACCUAAAAUGAUAGUUUAUUUGAAAAUUUUAUACUGAGUGGUGUUUUAUAUAUUAAGAUAAAAAUAUAUAUACAUGCAUGCACAUCACAUCUCUCUACUUUGGAGUUAAUGUGAAUUUUUUAAAAGUGGAAUCGCAGCCACAAUUAUAUACACAGGAACAUUCACUCCUAGAGAGGGUUUACAAAAGCCACUAAAAGAAGAAAGUAGAUGAAAAUGAAAGGGCCAUCAUUUUGAGUUAUUUUUGUUUUAUUUUAAAAUUUAUAGUGCUUCUUUUGAAAGAAUUGUUUUUAUUACUAUGCUUUUUUUGUGAUUGAAAUGUCAUCUAAUAGUAAGCAGUAAACAAUCUACUUUUUAAUUGCUGGCAAACAGCUUUAAGUGCACUUUCUUUGAUUACACUUCCAUUUUGUGUUAAACUUGAAUUUUCUGAAGACUUACGUACCACUAAGCAAGUAACUUUAACCUUUAAAUAAACCAGAUUUACAUCUUUUUUUAUUUCUAGUUAUAAAAUAAACUUGUUAAAAAGUAACUUCAGUCCUCAACUACAGCUAAGAAACUGUUAUGAGAUAGAAUCAGUUGCUUUUGCCCCUCCUCCCAUAUCUAAUUGAGCACUAAUUUUAUCACUUUAUUGCCUUUACAUUGCUUAUUCGUGAAUUCUGUCCCUGAUUCAUUGUUUUGUUUGAAAUUUAUUUUCUUACUGUAUUCAUCAUACCUUCUGUUUUGAUAAUCUGCUUUCUUUAAAUGCAAUA